AUUUUACCACCAGGUAACACUUGAACUUCUCAAUGUUUGGUGUUUGUUGUGUUUUUGUUUUUGUUUUCGUUUUCGUUUUCCUGGUUUCAUUUUGAAACUUGGCCAACAACUACAUAGUCAUUUGACAGUAGUGGCUAAUAUAUCCGUUUGACGUUUGGUGCUGGACACUUUUAUGUUUCUGUCUCAAAAUGUUGCUGAAAACAGUGGACUUAAAUGGAGAGCAGCAUUUAUUUGCUUGCCGUGAAGGCGAUGACAAAGUUCUCACUUUUUACCUCCACAACCUGGCCAAGAACACGAGUUUCUCAGAGGCAGUCGAAAGAAAUACAUUUCAGCUACGUCUGAAGAUGCUCAACUCUCGCGUAAAGUUUCCAGAGGAUGCAGUCCGUCCAGCGCUGCUCAAAGCGGAUCCUUCGCACGCCGAACUGGAAAAACGCCUUUCCGAAGGUGAAACCCAGUUGAUCCUUGUCUUGAAGUACCCCAUGACAAAUACUGCGGUUCCUUUGCGGUGGAACUGGCAGCUGAGCCACCUAGACAGUGCGCAGUUUUACCGGCAAAUUUGCGUGAACCUGAUGGCUACUGCUGGAGGACUACGAGAUCAAGUGUCCGUCCUGGUAGAGCUUCUAAAGGCCAAGGACAGGGAGCUGAAGCAGUACCGCACCGAAGGAUGCAAGCUGCGAAGGGUGACUGCGGUGACAAAGCCAUUUGAUGCAGAGGCUUUCCAGGAACAGCACCUCCACUUGCUGGAGGAUGCCACCGCCUAUCAGAAUGUUAAGGACGUUCUCGCUGCUGAAGUCUCCUCGAUCAGUUCAACUCUGCCCUCCUCCGCCGUAAUUAAGGAUGAGAAAGACCAGAAACCGCCAACUGGCUCCAAGGUUUCGGAUAAAUCAGGCCCAAAGCUGACUCCCCGCAAUAGAAAGCGCCAGGCGCUGGAAAGCAAUACCCAUCAUUUGGAGCGCAAGGUGAUGCAGCGCCGUUCCGCACCGCAAGUCGAGUACAAAAAUUCCCAGAGCUCCCAGGAGUCCAUCGUGGAUGACUAUUUUACGGAGAUCAAGCCAAAGGUUGAGGAAUAUACUUCGAACGAUAUUGAGGAGCCCGCAAUAUCGGCGAGAGAAAUCGAAAACAAUUCGGUAAAACUAACGAAAGCAAAUGCCACCCUGCACCCUGCUCAAAUUAAAACGGAAACCGUCCAGGAAUCCGGCUCCUUGCCAUUGGAAAAUCUUCAAGAUAUUAUUCGUCCGAAACCAGAUUUAGUUCAUGUGAUGUUUGAUUCUCCUUCCGAAACCCUUCCAAGACCCAAGCUGCAUGACUCGUCGCCAGAAAGUGAAGAUCCCGGUACUGUAAGCGAGCUGGACGAACUCAAAGAUAUUCUGAAUCGGACAACAGCCGUCACCAAGUCACUGAUUAAGAAUCAUAGAAAGGACAAGUAGGGGAGUGCAGAAAAUUGGUUUUUAAAUGCCGCAAAUGGAUUUUGAGGCUCAUGUUAUGUUGUUAGAUAAAAAAAUAUACAAAUAAAUUGCAUAAUUUUAAAAA